AUGUCCUCCUGCGGCAGCGAUCGCCGCGAGCUGCGCGACCUCGUGGAGCAGCUCCACGCCGUCGGCGACAGCGCCGUGGCCUCCGCCGAGGGCCGCGUCGUCGUGGGCGGCGGCGCCGCGGCGACGCUGGCGCUGCAACUGGCGGAGGAGACGCUGGUGGAGGUGGAGGUGCAAUUCAACUUCCUGCUCUCCAAUGUUCACCUGUGGCUACAGACGCCCGGCGCUGGCCGCUCCCGUGCGGUGCGCGCCCCCCGCGUGCGUGCGCUGGGUCUGGCCUCGGCGGUGCGGAACGCGCGAGCAGUGCUGCGGCUGCGGCUCCAUCCAGGCGAACAUGUGGUGAACUUCCGCCAUGACCCCGCCUUUCCGAAAGAUGCCGGGCCGAUCAAGCUGGUGGUUGCCGGCGGGCAAUGCGCUCCACUCGCAUUGAAGCUGCGCCGGCUGCGGCUGCCCAACGCGCGACCGGUGGCCACAGCCCCCAUGGCCCCAUUGGCGGCUGGCAGCGACCUGGUGCUCCGCUUUGCCCUGGGCCACUCCACCAGCCGCGACGGCACCGAAGAGGCCCUAGACGCCGAGCUGGGCACAGCGCAGUUCCCAGUGCGGCCGAAAGCGUCCUCUGCGGUGGGAGGCAACGGUGGCUUCGUCACCGUGGCGUGGCCUUCAGAUGUCCUGGAGCAAGUGAGCCAAAACAGCGGUGCCGGACACCCGGUGCAGGUGCAAGAUGGUGCCAGCCGCAUCUGGGCACUUCCGCUGCAUUUCUCCGGAGGCAACGGCGAGAUCUGGGUGGCGCUGGACCGUGGAAAGUCCGGCAAGCCUUGGGCUGGUGGGACGGCGCCUCCGGUGUCAGCCCCCCCGGUGCUUUGGCCAGCAGACGACCGGGAAAAGGCUGCAACAGCGUUGGUGGGGCUGGGCCAGACCAUGCCUUCAACCCCGCAGCUGGCGGUGUCCGCGCCAGCCCCCGCGGCCGGCUUCGUCUCCACACGGAUGCUCUCGUGGUUCGUGGUGCUCGGAGUCAUCGUCUUCUACUACUUGCACUCCCGGCCCUGGCAGCUGUUGGCGCUGAUGCGCCGGGUGCAGGAGCUGGGCCUCUUCACGCGCUCCGAGCACGUGGGCGGCUUCGCGAGCUUCGAGGUCUUCGUGUUGCGAAAGCGCGAGGCCUCCUUUGAGAUGACCAACCCUUGGUCGUGGCCUGCAGGGACACCUUCUGUGAUCGGCACUUCAGGUGCCACAGCGCGCCCGGCGCGGAUGUGCCUGGGCAGAGGGCGAGCAGUGGAUCACCAUCAGUUGACCUUUUUGGUGUUCGAGACUCCAGAUUUGUCACAACAUGUCUCCUUUGACUGUCUUCUGGUGCUUUUCACAGAGCGAAAUAGGCUCAGGCAGCCCAUUCAGGGAGAAACCAACGCGUUGGUGGCUGUGUUGAAUGUUGUGUUCCGCGACGGCGAUGUGAAGCUGGAAACGCACGACUCGCGUCCCGGGAGACUUGAGGUGGAGCGGCUCCGUGAGACCUUGGCAUCCAACGAGGCUCGCUUCGGACGGCGACAUGCCGAGACGCUGAGUGCGGUGACGUGCCUGGCGCAGUGUCUGGAGGAAGCGGGGAAGCUGAAGGAAGCGGAACCACUCUACCGGAGAGCAUUGGCAGGUCAAGUGGCACAGCUUGGAAGUACAGAUCCUUUGAGUUUGCGAGCGACCAGGGACUUGGCAUGUUUGUUGGAAGAGCAGGGGAAUAUCGAUGAGGCUGAGGCUCUUUGUUGGCAAGGCAUGGCAGGGUGUGAAACUCAGCUGGGGGCAAUGCAUCCAGACACUUUGAUCUCGGUGUUUGACCUGGGACGUGUGUUGAAGAAGCAGAAGAAGCUGGACACCGCGGAGCCGCUUUUGCGACAAGCGUUGGCUGGGCAAGAAGCUCAACUUGGAGCUGAAGAUGAAGCAACACUCGCAUCUGUGGAUGAACUCGCAAGUCUACUGGAGGAUCAGGGGAAACUGGAGGAGGCUGAACUUCUCCUGCGGCGAGCCUUAAGUGGUCGUGAGGUGCAGCUGGGCAGCGUUCAUCCCAAGACGUUGACCUCGGUGAACAACCUUGCGGUGUUCCUUCACAACAAGGGGAAGCUGGAAGAGGCGGAGCGCUUUGCUCGUCGCGCCGUGGCCUGCCGCAGCACCGCGCUGGGCGCCGCGCACCCGGAGACGCUGUGCUCGGUGCACGGCCUGGGGCGGGUGCUAAGGCAGCGGCGGAAGACGGAGGAGGCCGAAACUUUGUUGCGGCGAGCUGUUCUCGGUCGAGAGAGGCAGCUGGGAGGGAUGCAUCUCAGCACCUUGGCCUCGGUCCAUGAACUGGCCAAGUUGUUGGAGGAAAGGAACCUGGAGGAAGCCGAGUUCUUGUUGCGCCGCGUCGUCGAGGGCCGGGAGCGGCAGCUGGGCGAGGGGCAUGGCCUGACGCUGGAGGCCAUCUUUGACUUGGCGGAGCUCUUGGCAACGAAAGGGGAUGAGUUGGAGGCGGAGCGGCUGUACCUCCGAGAGUUGGAUGCUUGGGAGGAGCUUCUGGGUUGUGAGCAUCCCAAGAGCCAGGAGCGUGCAGAGAACUUGGAGCGCGCGAGCCUGAUGAAGGUAAGACGUUUGAAGGUAGGUAUCACACCAAUGAGUCUUACACCACAAUUGGUCUAUCAAAAGGUGAGCCUUCGGGAGUAUUUUCGGAAGCACUACCAGAAGGGUGGUUUGUUCUUGCACCGAGAGUAUCAAGCUGAAGCUGACUGGUGCUGGCUGCAUGAAGGCUUAAAGAUUAAGGCUUCUUUGAUCGACGGGAAGAGAGCCAACACUUGGGGAAAAGGAGUGUAUUGCGUGCAGAAGGCCCCGGAUGAGUGGCCAGAUGUCGAGACAUUGAUCGACAAUCACUAUCGCAGCAUGCUCAAGCGUGAAAUCGACUUGAAAGGUCCCGUCACGUCACAACCAGUGAGGCUCCGCGGCCGCGUGGAAGCACUCACAAAGCGCUUGGGCUGGCGGCAUUUGGAGGCCUUGGCAGCCUGUGGCCGGUUGGGCGAAGUGCUCCACGCCCUUGGCGCCCACGAGGAGGCGGAGCCGCUCUUGCGGCGAGCCAUGGAAGGCUUCGAGGCGCGGCUCGGUGCAGAUCCAAAGACCUUGGCCUCGGUGCGUCUGGGGAAGUCGUUGAAAGCUUCGCCCAACCUCAACUGGAUGCAUCCAAAGACACUGGAAGCGGUGAACAGUUUGGCACUUGUGUUGAAGAAGGAGGAGAAGUUGAAUGAAGCAGAAAGGCUUUGUCGAAAAGCACUGGUCGGUCGUGAGGCUGCACUUGGAGAAAUGCAUCCAGACACCCUGGUGUCAGCCAACAAUCUUGCAGCACUUCUGAUGCAACAGGGGGAUGUGACAUCUGCCGAGCAGCUCUAUGCACGAGUAAUGAAAGGCCGCGAGAUUCAGCUUGGAGUGGAGCAUCCAAGUACCUUGAUCUCCGUCAAUAACCUUGCCAGCCUUUAUUACUUUCAGGGGAAGCUGGAUGAGGCAGAGCCACUCCUGCGACGAGCCUUAACUGCUAAGGAGUUGCAGCUGGGUGGACGACAUCCGCAUACCCUCAUUGCAGUCCACAACUUGGCAUGUCUGUCGAGGGAUCGAGGCAAGCUGGAUGAAGCAGAGUCUCUUUUCAGAAAAGCCUUUGAAGGCCUGGUUUAG